AUGAGGUCGGAUAUAACUCAAAACCCUGCCAUUUCUGCUGUGGGAGCUAUAAAUGGUGCAGCAGAAUGAUGUCCUCUAGAGGACUACUCAUAUCAGGGGCCAGAGGUCACGUGGCUACAUCCGGGGUUCAGAAGUCAGGGCAUUCCACAUCUGCUGAUUCAUGAACACACAGACACGCACACACAGACACACACGCAGACACAGAUACACACACACACACAGAUGCUGAGAACCUCCAUCCACAGAUGAAGUCACUAUUGGUAUCAACCCUUCCCAGCACUCUACAGUGCGGAGGUAGAUUUCAAAUCAUGGAUGAAAAUGGCCCCCAGUGAAUCUCAGCUCGUUCCGUGGGCUGCUAAACUUCCAGACAUUUAGUCAGAAUGCAAAAUAAUCCCUCUUGUCGUCUUCUUGAAAGGUCAGAGCUAUAGACGUGUUUUCUUCCCGUUUCUGGAAAGGGCAAAUGUGCACAAUCACCAUUCAUGAGAGGCAGAACACUCUGCAGUCCUAUCUUAACCAAUAUCAGUCUGGAACACACAGACAGACAGACAGACAUACGCACACACACAUGCACACACACACAACACACACACACACCGGCGGGAGGCAACUCAGGGCAUCUGGUGGUCAGUGUCUCAGGGAGACUGUUAUAGUCCUGCUGUCUUCACUCAAUAUUCAUACAUGCUGUAGGCUGCAUGUUUAGAUACAGUGCAUUCGGAAAGUAUUCAGACCCCUUGACUUUUUCCACAUUUUAUUACAUUGCAGCCAUAUUCUAAAAUUGAUUAAAUAAAUGUUUUUCCUCAUCAAUCUACACACACUACCCCAUAAUGACAAAGUGAAAACAGGUUUUUAAGAAAUGUUUGCAAAUGUAUUAAAAAAAAAUAUAUAUAUAUAUAUAUAUAUAUAUAUAUAUAUAUAUAUAUAUAUAUAUAUAUACACCUUGUUUACAUAAGUGUUCAGACCAUUUGCUAUGAGACUCGAAAUUGAGCUCAGCUGCAUCCUGUUUCCAUUGAUCAUCCUUGAGAUUUAUUUAGAACUUGAUUGGAGUCCACCUGUGGUAAAUUAAAUUGAUUGGACAUGAUUUGGAAAGGCACACACCUGUCUAUAUAAGGUCCCACACUUGACAGUGCAUGUCAGAGCAAAAACCAAGCCAUGAGGUUGAAGGAAUUGACAGUAGAGCUCCAAGACAGGAUUGUGUCGAGGCACAGAUCUGGGGAUGGUUACCAAAACAUUUCUGCAGCAUUGAAGGUCCCCAAGAACACAGUGGCCUCCAUCAUUCUUAAAUGGAAGAAGUUUGGAACCACCUAGACUCUUCCUAGAUCUGGCCGCCCAGCCAAACUGAACAAUCGGGGGAAAAGGGCCUAGGUCAGGGAGGUGACCAAGAACCCAAUGGUAACUCUGACAGUUCUCCAGAGUUCCUCUGUGGAGAUGGGAGACGCUUUCAGAAGGACAACCAUCUCUGCAGCACUACACCAAUUAGGCCUUUAUGGUAGAGUGGCCAGAUGGAAGCCACUCCUCAGUAAAAGGCACAUGACAGCCCGUUUGGGGUUUGCCAAAAGGCACCUAAAGGACAAGAUUCUCUGGUCUGAUGAAACCAAGAUUGAACUCUUUGGCCUGAAUGCCAAGCGUCACGUCUGGAGGAAACCUGGCACCGUCCCUACGGUGAAGCAUGGUGGUGGCAGCAUCAUGCGGUGGGGAUGUUUUUCAGCAGCAGGGACUGGGAGAGUCAGGAUUGAGGGAAAGAUGAACGGAGCAAAGUACAGAGAGAUCCUUGAUGAAAACCUGCUCCAAAGCACUCAGGACCUCAGACUGGGGCGAAGGUUCACCUUCCAACAGGGCAACAACCCUAAGCACACAGCCAAGACAAUGCAGUAGUGGCUUCAGGACAAGUCUCUGAAUGUCCUUGAGUGGCCCAGCCAGAGCCCGGACUUGAACCCGAUCUAACAUCUCUGGAGAGACCUGAAAAUAGCUGUGCAGCAACGCUCCCCAUCCAACCUGACAGAGCUUGAGAGGAUCUGCAGAGAAGAAUGGGUGAAACUCUCCAAAUGCAGGUGUGCCAAGCUUGUAGCGUUAUACCCAUGAAGACUCGAGGCUGUAAUCGCUGCCUACUUAUGUAAAUAUGAUAUUUCCGUUUUAUAUUUUCAAUACAUUUGUAAAAAUGUCAAAACCAGUUUUUGCUUUGUCAUUAUGGGUUAUUGUGUGUAGGUUGAUGAGGGGGGAAAAAACAAUUUAAUCCAUUUUAGAAUAAGGCUGUAAGGAAACUAAGGGUGAAAAAAGUCAAGGGGUCUGAAUACUUUCCGAAUGCACUGUACAUACACACACGUAUGAAAACAAAUAUACUGAACAGAAAUAUAAACGUAAAGUGUUGGUCCCAUGUUUCAUGAGCUGAAAUAAAAUAUCCCUGAAAAUGUUCUGGUGCACAAAAAGCUUAUUUCUCUCAAGUUUAGUGCACAAAUGUGUUUACAUCCCUGUUGGUGAGCAUUUCUCCUUUGCCAAGAUAAUCCAUCCACCUGACAGGUGUGGCAUAUCAAGAAGCUGAUUAAACAGGUGCACCUUGUGCUGGGGACAAUAAAAGGCCACUCUAAAAUGUGCAGUUUUGUCACACAACAUAAUGCCACAGAUGUCUCGAGUUUCAGGGAGUGUGCAAUUGGCAUGCUGACUGCAGGAAUGUCCACCAGAGCUGUUGCCAGAGAAUUGAAUGUUAAUUUCUCUACCAUAAACCGCCUCCAACGUUAUUUUAGGGAAUUUGGCAGUACGUCCAACCGGCCUCAUAACCGCAGACCACGCGUAACCACGCCAGCCCAGGACGUCCACAUCCGGCUUCUUCACCUGCGGGAUCGUCUGAGACCAGCCACUCAACAGCUGAUGAAACUGUGGGUUUGCACAACCAAAGAAUUUCUGCACAAACUGUCAGAAACCGUCUCAGGAAAGCUCAUCUGUGUAGAUGCCAGACAGCGUGUAUGGCAUUGUGUGGGCGAGCGGUUUGCUGAUGUCAACGUUGUGUGAGAGUGCCUCAUUGAAGCAUAGUGGGACAACAUUCCACAGGCCACAAUCAACAGCCUGAUUAACUCUAUGCGAUGUGUCGCGCUGCAUGAGGCAAAUGGUGGUCACACCAAAUACUGACUAGUUUUCUGAUCCAUGCCUCUACCUUUUAAAAAAAAGUAUCUGUGACCAACAGACGCAUAUCUGUAUUCCCUGUCAUGCGAAAUCCAUAGAUUGGGCCUAAUGAAUUUAUUUGAAUUGACUGAUUUCCUCAUGAACUGUAACUCAGUAAAAUCUUUGAAAUUAUUGCGUGUUGCUUUUAUAUUAGUAGUAAUGUAAUUAACCUUUUCAUAUGUUGUCUAGUAAAUACCAGGCAAUGAAGCAUAGCAUUUAGAUUCGUACUAGAACAUUCUGGAACAUUUGGUGUUACUGCCAAACAUUCUAAAUCAGACUUUAAAUUGCAAUAUUCCAGACUCUGUCUCUGUAUCAGUAGGAUUGUCAAACCUCUAACCCUUGUUCCUUAGCAGAGCACUGUUCAAAUACACACAAAGAAAUGGUAUCACAUCAUUAGAGCUUAAAACACCUCUUGUUUCUAACCUAGACCUGCACACUGAGCUCCUUAUAGAAGAAGCACCUAAAAUACAAUUUGCGUUUGGGUGAAAUCUGAUCCCACGGUUGAUUUACACUUUUCUGCUGUUUAGAGCAAGUUCUGUUUGCUCUUGCUCAGCCCACUCUCUCUCUCUCUCUCUCUCUCUCUCUCUCUCUCUCUCUCUUUAUCUCACACACACACACACACAUUCUGUGUACAAUAUAGCCAUCCCUCCUGCGAUCCACCUACUGGUUUUAUUUACCAAGCCAUCUCUACACACUACAUUCAGAAAGGAGAGUGUGUGAACAAACAACGGCCCAGUCAAACAAGGUCAUGGUUGGUUCAGUCCAAAUCCUGAUGAACCCGGCUCAAACACACUCAUCCCUGUCCAAACAUUCCCAUGGUUGUCUGCACAGAUGCAUGCUCUAAACUCUUAACUCUGUAAAAUCUAAACUCUAAACUCUAUACUCUAAAUCCCAACUGUAAACUGUAAACUCUAAAUUCCAAGUCUAAACUCUAGGAUAUAGAGGUAUGUAGGACAUAGAGGUGUGAUUAUAAUGCUGUUAUUGAUUUGUACUGAUGUUUUUUCAACAAUAGGACUGCAAUAAUCACAUCUGAGCACUUGUAUUGUAUUGUGUGUUUGUAUUAGCUCAGACUUGGUCACAACUGGAGUACCGUAAUGGGUUCAGGCUAGGAGAAGUUCAGCUGCACAGUGUGAGUGAAAUAAAAUGAGCAAGAGGGAGAAUGGAGAGAGAGAGAUGCCCCCCAUAUGCCCCCCUAGGCACAUAGCCAACAAAAACGGGUCACAACUCCUGCAGCUCUGUCGCACGUUGGAUAGGUACAUAGUCAAUGGUAGGCUUCGAGGAGACUCCUAUGGUAGGUAUACCUAUAGCUCAUCUCUUGGCAGUAGGACUGUAGACUACUUUAUCACUGACCUCAACCCAGAGUCUCUCAGAGCGUUCACAGUCAGCCCACUGAUACCCUUAUCAGAUCACAGCAAAAUCACAGUCUACUUGAACAGCGCAAUACUCAAUCAUGAGGCAUCAAAGCCAAAGGAACUGAAUAAUAUUAAGAUAUGCUAUAGAUGGAAGGAAAGUAGUGUCGAAACCUACCAAAAAACAAUUAGGCAACAACAAAUUCAAUCCCUUUUAGACAACUUCCUGGACAAAAUUGAAAAAUGUCUAACAGAAAACCAAAGAAAUGUAACAACAAUGACAAAUGGUUUGAUGAAGAAUGCAAAAACCUAAAAAAUAAAUUGAGAAACCUAUCCAACCAAAAACAUAGAGACCCAGAAAAGCUGAGCCUUCAAUAUGGUGAAUCACUAAAACAAUAGAGAAAUACACUACAGAAAAAUACUGAAAAGCAGGUCAGAAAUCAGCUCAAUGUAAUUGAAGAAUCCAUAGACUCUAACCACUUCUGGGAAAAUUGGAAAACACUAAACAAACAACAACACGAAGAGUUAUCUAUCCAAAAUGGAGAUGUAUGGGUAAACCACUUCUCCAAUCUUUUUGGCCCUAUAAAAAAGAACAUACAGCAAAAAUAUAUACAUGAUCAAAUACAAAUCUUAGAAUCAACUAUUAAAGACUACCAGAACCCAAUGGAUUCUCCAAUUACAUUGAAUGGUCCCGUGUAGCUCAGUUGGUAGAGCAUGGCGCUUGCAACGCCAGGGUUGUGGGUUCGUUUCCCACGGGGGGCCAGUAUUAAAUAAACAAAUGUAUGCACUCACUAACUGUAAGUCGCUCUGGAUAAGAGUGUCUGCUAAAUGACUAAAAUGUAAUGAACUACAGGUCAAAAUAUAAACCCUAAAUGGUAUCCUCAAUGAAAUGAUAAACUAUACAGACCACAAAUUCCAAUUGGCUAUACUUAAACUCUUUAACAUCAUCCUUAGCUCUGUCAUCUUCCCAAUAUUUGGAACCAAGGACUGAUCACCCCAAUCCACAAAAGUGGAGACAAAUUUGAACCCAAUAACUACUGUGGGAUAUGUGUCAACAGCAACCUUGGGAGAAUCCUUUGCAUUAUCAUUAACAGCAGACUUGUACAUUUCCUCAGUGAAAACAAUGUACUGAGCAAAUGUCAAUUAAAAAAAAAAAAAAUUACCAUACGACAGACCAUGUAUUCACCCUGCACACCCUAAUUAACAAACAAACAAACCAAAAUAAAGGCAAAGUCUUCUCAUGCUUUGUUGAUUUCAAAAAAGAUUUUGACUCAAUUUGGCAUGAGGGUCUGCUAUACAAAUUGUUGGAAAGUGGUGUUGGGGGGGGGAAAACAUACGACAUUAUAAAAUCCAUGUACACAAACAACAAGUGUGUGGUUCAAAUUGGCAAAAAACACACACAUUUCUUUCCCCAUGGCCGUGGGGUGAGACAGGGAUGCAGCUUAAGCCCCACCCCCUUCAACAAAUAUAUCAACAAAUUGGCGAGGGCACUAUAACAGUCUGCAGCACCCGGCCUCACCUUACUAGAAUCUGAAAUCAAAUGUGACCCAUUUCAGGAAACUAGGCGUAUAUCGCAAGUCACAACUUCACAGGAGAACCAUUUGAAUGUUUUGUUUUUGUAUUUUUUAUCAAAAUGUGUUUUUUGGCAGAUAUGCCUUCUGGAACAUGUGAACUUUCAUGUGCCUUAAUAUCAAACUUGUAUGCCAUCUGUAAAUAUGAAUACAAUUGUUAAAUUACGAGCCUUGUUGGUUAAGCCACAGACAGCAACCUUCCCACUAGCCAUGAUUGGCUGAGGUAAUGAGUGGGCUGGACAGGCCGAGAGAGGAGUUCAGAUUGGUCUGCCAUAUAGAAGGCUUCUGUCAGUCUGUGUUGGUAAUCCUGUCGAACACGGCUUUUUAAAAAAUGUAUUGUGUAGUGGAGCUGCAUAAGUGUUGCUCUCCACUUUCUGGAGGAUCGAGUUUUCAAAUCAAUGGAAUUAGAGUAUGAUAGUAUAGUAUGAUUACAUCUUCAAACUAAGUCAACUGUGGCAUGGCAUCCGAGGGAGAUGUGUCCAUCAUGCAUGAUGAUGUAUAUGGGUAAGAUAGUCUAGCUAGCUACAUUUUCAGAUAUUUGCUACAUAAGACCAAAUCCAGGUGGUGAGUCACAAAUGUCUACUGUUUGCUUCUGUCCCCAACCAAGGAGGGCCUACAGCAGCACCUAGAUCUUCUGCACAGAUUCUGUCAGACCUGGGCCCUGACAGUAAAUCUCAGUAAGACAAAAAUAAUGGUGUUCCAAAAAAGGUUCAGUUGCCAGGACCACAAAUACAAAUUCCAUCUAGACACCGUUGCCCUAGAGCACACAAAAAACUAUACCAUACCUCGGCCUAAACAUCAGCGCCACAGGUAACUUCCACAAAGCUAUGAACGAUCUGAGAGACAAAGCAAGAAGGGCCUUCUAUGCUAUCAAAAGGAACAUAAAAUUCGACAUACCAAUUAGGAUCUGGCUAAAAAUACUUGAAUCAGUUAUAGAACCCAUUGUCCUUUAUGGUUGUGAGUUCUGGGGUCCGCUCACCAACCACGAAUUCACAAAAUGGGACAAACACCAAAUUGAGACUCUGCAUGCAGAAUUCUGCAAAAAUAUCCUCAGUGUACAACAUAAAACCAAAUAAUGCACGUAAAGCAGAAUUAGGCCGAUACCUGCUAAUUAUCAAAAUCCAGAAAAGUGCCGUUAAAUUCUACAACCACCUAAAAGGAAACGAUUCCCAAACCUUCCAUAACAAAGCCAUCACCUACAGAGAGAUGAACCUGGAUAAGAAUCCCCUAAGCAAGCUAGUCCUGGGGCUCUGUUCACAAACACAACAGACCUCACAGAGCCCCAGGACAGCAACACACUUAGACCCAACCAAAUCAUAAUAAUACAAAAAGAUGAUUACUUGACACAUCGGAAAGAAUUAACAAAAAAACAGAACAAACUAGAAUGCUAUUUGGCCCUAAACAGAGAGUACACAGUGGCAGAAUACCUGAACACUGUGACUGACCCAAACUUAAGGAAAGCUUUGACUAUGUACAGACUCAGUGAGCAUAGCCUUGCUAUUGAGAAAGGCCGCUGUAGGCAGACCUGGCUCUCAAGAGAAGACAGGCUAUGUGCACACUGCCCACAAAAUGAGGUGGAAACUGAGCUGCACUUCCUAACUUCCUGCCAAAUGUAUGACCAUAUUAGAGACACAUACUUCCCUCAGAUUACACAAACCCACAAAGAAUUCGAAAAACAAUCCCAAUUCUGAUAAACUCCCAUAUUUAUUGGGUGAAAUACCACAGUGUGCAAUCACAGCAGCAAGAUUUGUCACUUGUUGCCACAAGAAAAGGGCAACCAGUGAAGAACAAACACCAUUGUAAAUACAACCCAUAUUUAUGUUGAUUUAUUAUCCUUUUUAUACUUUAACUAUUUGCACAUCAUUAUAACACUGUAUAUAGACAUAAUAUGACAUUUGAAAUGUCUUUAUCCUUUUGGAACUUUUGUGUAAUGUUUACUGUACAUUUUUUAUUGUUUAUUUCACUUUUGUUUAUUAUCUAUUUCACUUGCUUUGGCAAUGUAAACAUAUGUUUCCCAUGCCAAUAAAGCCCCUUAAAUUGAAAUCGAAUUGAAAUCGAAAAUUGAAUUGAGAGAGAGAGAGAGAGAGGGAGAGAGAGAGAGAGAGAUGGGGGGGAAGAGAGAGAGCCAGGGAAGGACAGUGUGUAUUUGAGAAAGUACGUGUCUGUGCGUGCAUGCCUGCCUGCCAGCAAUGUAUGUGUGUAGAGUACUCUUUCUAAGUCAGAUAUACAAGCCCAAUAGAAUGUGAAUGACAGUCUAACCAUUUAAAGUGUGUAUCAGGUGAGGUUGAGUCUGAAUUCCAUUUACCCUGGAGGAGAUAGAAAAUGCAUGUGCAGAAUACUGCUACUGUGACUGUCACAGUUCCAUCUCUCUGAGGUGCUGCAUCUUACAGAUCUGGAAUUGACGUGACAUGCAUUAUAUCAUUAGGUGUUGAAAUCAGGAGCAUUCAGAUUUACCUGUGAAAUCGUAGCUUAGUAGUGUGGUAAUGAUCUCUUUACCUUUAGUGUGUGUGUGUGAGAUGUGAUGACUCCGUUAUAUGAUUCCAGUCACGCUGCCAGUGUCUGUCGUCUCACGCUGCAAUAUCAGCCGUCUCCAUCUUCAAGCCUCUCUAUCUCUGAAUCAACAGGGAGGGAUCAGGGUGUGUGUGUGUGUCUGUGUGACUGAGUGAGUAUGUAUGCAGGUGUGUGUGUGUGAUAUUCAGAGAGGUGUAGGAUGUAGAAGCCAUCCAGAGCUCCCAAUCUCCACAGUUCAUCCCAGAGAUGGAUUUAGGGACCAGAUCAGUAUUUUGUUUGAUGUUCUCAGGGGGACUGGCAGGGACAGCUAACUCCCUCUGCUUUCUCAUCAAACACCUGCUAAAGAGAUGGUUAUCGCCAAGAAGACAGGGGAUUUCAGAGCAGUGUGUGUGUGUGUGUGUGUGUGCUGCCCUAAAGCCAGAGCAGACAGGAUAUUAGUUGUCACCCCAGAGGAUAGGGCAGGACUGUGGGGAUCUUAGCUGAUCAAUAAAUAAAGGUUUUGUCCUCUGGUGUCCCUGUGGGUCACCCCACUUCCCUCCUCCUUUCUCAUCCUCUCUUCCUCACUCCUUCCCUCUCUUCCCCUCUACCCCUCCCCCUGCCCGGAGUAGUGUCCCAAACAGCCACCUGGGGUGGGUAGUAGUGCAUUUUGAGUGUCCUUUGUUGUCCCUGUGUGUGUGUGUGUGUGUGUGUGUGUGUGUGUGUGUGUGUGUGUGUGUGUGUGUGUGUGUGUGUGUGUGUGUGUGUGUGUGUGUGUGUGUGUGUGUGUGUGUGUGUGUGUGUGUGUGUGUGUGUGUGUGUGUGUGUGGUCCUUGUGUGUGUCCCGUCGGCAGAUGUCUAGGCUGAGCUAAAAGCUCCGUGGCCUCAGGCAGUCCUUCCCUCCUUAACGGAGCAUGACGACUUCACAGGGAUGGAGGGAUGGAGGGAGGAGAAGGUAGACAAUGAGAGAAAGUGGUAAGAGAAGGAAAGAGAGAUGUUGUGGUGUCUGUCUGUGGGAUGUGGUUUGGGAAUACUGUGAAGGACAAGGAUCUGAAUGUCAAUUGGCAAAAUUGUCCACCUCCCAAAAAGUACCAUCAACCAACACUCCUACUCAGUCUGAUGGAGAGGAGAGGAGCACAUAGGAGAAAACUGUGAAAAUGAGGGGAGAGAAGAGAGGGAGGGAGCAGCAGAGAUUUCUCCAGCAAUCAGACCAACACUCCACUCCACACAAGUGGAGUCAGUGUUAACUCAACCACUCAGCUACAGCACACAAACAUGUAGGGACACCCUCAUGCAUGGACACACACACACACACACACACACACACACACACACACACACACACACACACACUGGGCUUACUACCAAGAUGGACUACAGCAUCCAGCCACCCUUUAUUCUAGUCUAGACCCAGUCAUCCAUAUUGUGUGAAGAUUGUUUGUCUGUGUGUGUGCGUGCGUGCCGUGUUGUUGAGGGCUGCUGAGAGCACUGCUGUGUGUAUUCCUUCUCUUUGCUGCUCACUCUAGCCUGUAUAAUCACCACUCUGGGCCCUCUCCUCUUCAAACCCACUAACAGUUUUUAACCACUCAUUAAAAACACCCCAUCAGAUCUCCUUGGUUAGAUUGCUGGGACCAGCUUGCCCCCAGAAACAGCCCAGAAUAAUUCAGCUGAAAGCAGAAAACAGAUAUCAAUGAAGUUGCCACUACCAGUGUUUCCCCCCUCUUAUGGUUAAGGUUAGGAUAUGGAGAGGCUAUAGCAGGUUCUAGAUCAGUGCCCAAGGGAGGAACCUCUCCCUUCUAGAGUGCUGGUUCCAUUACUGUUUUCUGUCAGAAUGUGUCAGAGUUCUGAGUUCCAAUUACAGGAGCAGAGAGAGGAGGAGAGAGGAAGAGAGAGGAGGAGAGAGAAAGAGAGAGGAGGAGAGAGAAAGAGAGAAGAGGAGAGCGAAAGAGAGAGGCGGAGAGAGAAAGAGAGAGGAGGCAAAGGGAGGAAUAGAGAAGAAUAGAGAGGAAGAGGUGUGCACUGAUGGGUGACUCACCCCGAGGAUUCACAAUGGGCCACAAUGUUCCACAGCGCUGCACACAGAAAUGGAAGGGUCUGUACUGACUGCACACAUGGGACAGAUUUUACUCUGAUACGACAAUUAGUCCCGUGCGAUUGACAGAAAACUCUCAUUCCAUGAGACAGACGUGUCUUGUUCAGUUGUGGUUUGGUUGAUUGCUAAAUGCACAACACCUGGUUGUAGCUCCUCAUCUAGUAAUGAGAUACCGUAAAGAAACCAUCUGGUUCAACAACAUUUCUGCACUGAUCUUUAAAGUGAUGUACCUGCAUCUGCAGGAGUCAUGUUCCAUUGCAACAACCAGGUGUUUAAAAAAAACGAAUUGUCUUGUCUUGUCUUGUCAUAUCUUCAUCUAAAUCAAAUCAAUCAAAUUUUAUUUGUCACAUGCUUUGUGAACAACAGGUGUGGACUAACAGUGAGAUGCGUACUUACAGGCCCUUCCCAACAAUGCAGAGAGAAAUAAAAUAGAGAAAUAAUAGAAAAGUUAAACACGUAAUAACAAAAGUAAUAAUAGAUACACGAAUAACGAUAACUUGGCUAUAUACACGGGGUACCAGUACCGAGUUGAUAUGCAGGAGUGUGAGGUCAUUGAGGUAGAUAUAAAGUGACAGAUAGUAAACAGUAGCAGCAGUGUAUGUGAUGAGUCAAACAUUUUUGUGCAAAAUGGGUGUUAUGGCUUGGGGGUAUAAGCUGUUCAGGGUCCAAGCAGUUGCCAUACCAAGCAGUGAUACAGGCAGUCAAGAUGCUCUCAAUGGUGCAGCUGUAUAACUAUUUCAGGAACUGAGGGCCCAUGACAAGUCUUUUCAACCUCCUGAGGGGGAAGAGGCGGUGUCGUGCCUUCUUCACGACUGUGUUGGUGUGUUUGGACCAUGAUAAAUUGUUUGUGAUGUUGACACUGAGGAACAUGAAGCUCUCGACCCACUCCACUACAGCCACGUCGAUGUGAAUGGGGGCGUGCUCAGCCCUCCAUUUCCUGUAGUCCACAAUCAGCUCCUUUGUCUUGCUGACAUUGAGGGAGAGGUUGUUGUCCUGGCACAACACUGCCAGGUCUCUGACCUCCCUAUAGGCUCUCUCAUCGUCAUCGAUGAUCAGGCCUAUCACCGUCGUGUCGUCGACAAACUUAAUGACGGUGUUGGAGUUGUGCCAUGCAGUCAUUGGUGAACAGGGAGUAGAGGAGGGGACUAAGCACGCACCCCUGAGGUUCCCCCAUGUUGAUGGUCAGCGUGGUGGAUGUGUUGUUGCCUACAGUACCGUCAACACCUAGGGGCAUUCCAUCAGGAAGUCCAGGAUCCAGUUGCAGAGGGAGGUGUUCAGUUCCAGGGUCCUAGCUUAGUGAUGAGUUUGGAAGGCACUAUGGUGUUGAACGCUGAGCUGUAGUCAAUGAACAUCAUUCUCACGUAGGUGUUCCUUUUGUCCAAGUGGGAAAGGGAAGUGUAGAGUGCAAUAGAGAUUGCAUCAUCUGUGGAUCUGUUGGGGAGGCAUGCGAAUUGGAGUGGGUCCAGGGUUUCUGGGAUGAUGGUGUUGAUGUGAGCCAUGACCAGCCAUUCAAAGCAUUUCAUGACUACAGAUGUGAGUGUUAUGGGGCGAUAGUCAUUUAGACAGGUUACCUUGGCAUUCUUGGGCACAGGGACUAUGGUAAUCUGCUUGAAACAUGUAGGUAACACAGAGUGGGUCAGGGAGAGGUUGAAAAUAUCAGUGAAGACACUUGCUAGCUAGUCAGCGCAUGCUCUGAGUAUGCGUCCAGUAAUCCAUCUGGCCCUGCAGCCUUGUGAAUGUUAAUCUGUUUAAAGGUCUUAUUCACAUUGGCUAUGGAGAGUGUGAUCACACAGUUGUCCGCAACAUCUAGUGCUCUCACGCAUGGUUUAGUGUUGCUUUCCUCGAUGCGAGCAUAGAAGGCAUUUAGCUCAUCUGGUCGGCUCACGUCACUGUGCAGCUCAUGGCUGGGUUUCCCUUUGUAAUCCGUGAUAGUUUGCAAGCCCUGCCACAUCCAACGAGCAUCAGAGCCGGUGUAGUAGGAGUCGAUCUUAGUCCUGUAUUGACGCUUUGUCUGUUUGUUUGUUUGUCGGAGGACAUAGCGGGAUUUCUUAUAAGCGUCCGGGUUAGUGUCCCGCUCCUUGAAAGCAGCAGCUCUAGCAUUUUAGCUCAGUGCGGAUGUUGCCUGUGGCUUCUGGUUGGGAUAUGUACAUAUGGUCACUGUGGGGACGUAAUCGUAGAUUUACUUAUUAAUGAAGCCGGUGACUGAUGUGGUAAACUCCUUAGUGCCAACGGAUGAGUCCCAGAACAUGUGCCAGUCUGUGCUAGCGAAACAGUCCUGUACCUUUGUAUCCGCUUCAUCGGACCACUUCCGCAUUGAGCACGUCAUUGGUACUUCCUGUUUGAGUUUUUGCUUGUAAGCAGGAAUCAGGAGGAUAGCGUUAUAGUCAGAUUUGCCAAAUGGAGGGCGAGGGAGAGCUUUGUAUGCGUCUCUGUGUGUGGAGUAGUAUGGUCUACAGCUUAUCAUGAGGUAUUCUAACUCAGGAGAGCAGAACCUUAAGAUUUCCUUAAAAUUAGAGAUUGCGCACCAGCUGUUGUUAACAAAGAGACACACACCACCCCUCCUGAGUCUACUCGACGCUGCCAUUCUGUCCUGCCAAUGCAUAGAAAAACCAGCUAGAUGUGUAUUCUCUAUGUCCUUGUUCAGUCAAAUUUCUGAGAAACAUAAGAUAUUACAGUUAUUCAGGUUCCGUUGAUAGGAUAAUCUUUAACGGAGCUCAUCCAGUUUGUUCUCCAGUGAUUGUAUAUUCACCACUAGAACAGAGGGUAGAGGGGGUUUAUUUACUUGCCUGCGUAGUUUCAUCAGGGUGCCCCCACGUCGGCCUCUAUAUCGCAGUCUCUUUCUCUUCCGAGUGUUGGGGAUUAGGGCCUGGUCUGCGGUGAGCAGUAUAUCUCUCUGCCCUGCUCGGUUUCUGUCUGUAACCGAAAGGUCACUGGUUCAAACACUGGUGUCUCAUGGGGUCAUGGGAUAUACAAAAAACACAUUUCCAUUACACACUUGUGUAUUAACAGAACAAAUAUAAGCACCCCUAAAAUAGUAUUAUUUAUUUCUAUCUUUCGCUCUGUAUGCCCCCCUCUCUUUCUCUCCUUCUCCCUCUCCCUCUCCCAAUUCCCCCUGAUUCCGAGAGGCAGCGCCGGGACAGACUGACUACGGCAGACGACUGGAUACAGGAAGCCGAGGAAGGAAGGCUCGGACCAGAGAGCAGCGCCGAUCUCAGAGAGAGAGUCGCGGCUAGCAGGAGAGCUCUCUUAGCGAUCUGCUCGCUCGGCGAUCUCGUCUAUCGAUAUCUUCUCUCUCUCCUCUUCUUUCUGCUAUAGCUUCUCUCUCUCUCUUCUCUCUCUCUCUCUUAUACUCUCUCUCUAAUCUCUCUCUAUCUCUUCUCUCUCUAUACUCUCUCAUUCUGAUGGUGUUUAAUAACAGUAGUAUCCAGUGAAAUGUCAGAAGGUGACAGUUUGGGGAGAGAGGGAGAGCACAGAGGGAGAACACAGACUGACAGAGUAGAUUAUGUUAGCCGGGGUCUGUCGGGGGGGGGGGGUUCUGCCAUGGAGUAACUUGUUCCUGGUCUGUAAACAAGCCUACUAGGCUGUGAGCUGUCUGGAGACGUUCCGACAGAUGUGCUAGAUCUAAUUCUACCUUCUAUGCCAGCUUCCGAAGAAAGUUCUAUUGAUGUUUCUAAAAGUCAUUGGACCUUUAUUGGAUUUGAAGAGAAUAAUACACUUGAUCAAUUAAUACCCUCUCAUUGCUUUCCACGUUCGGGUUGGACUAUAUUGUGUUUUGAGUUCUUUUUUGCCAUACAUUGCUGAAUUUAUAUUAGGUGGAAAUGUGUUUAGUGAGUCUGCGUGUUUGGCCAGUGUUUCCAGCUGAGAGAGAGCAAGAGAGAAAGGGAAGGAGAUAGAGAGAAAAGGAAGGAGAUAGAGAGCAGGGACGGAGGGAAUAUAAGAAGGUAAGAGACGACAUUGUUAAGGGUUUGCUCCCUCUCCCUCUCCCUCUCCCUCUCCCUCUCCCUCUCCCUCUCCCUCUCUCCCUCUCCCUCCCCUCGGGCUAGUAUUUAUUCUGUAACACACCCCAGCUCUAGUGGGGUGUGUUUUUUUUUUUUUGUGUUGGUCCACAAUGCUUCAAUCCAGAGACAUUAGAGACCCUGUACUGUUAGGAUGUUCAGAAGAAUAGAUAAGUCUGCUUGUAAUUCUGUCUUUCUUUUUGUUCUCCACAGGCACUGCUAAGCCACUUCUCAUUUCCUCCUGGUGUGGUGCUGAUCUGGUUCUGAUCCUGUUCGGUCCAGUUCUGAUCGGAGUGUGAGAAUGGUCCGUUUGCUGUUUCUGUUGAGCCUCAGCUCCUUAGCUCUGAGCUACGUUUUCGGUAAGGUUUUUCUAUUUUUUCUUAUAUCUUCUGUUACCUCUCCUCUCCUCUCCUCUCCUCCAGUCUUCUCAUCUCUUCUCUUUCCCCUGUGUUCCAAUGUCAGAUACUUUCCUCCUCACAUCACCUUCUGUCAGUUCUCCUCUCACGCCCACUUCAUCAGUCAGAACCUUUCGAUGCUACCAAUGAAUGUGGCUCCUGUCAGUCCUGGCCUGUGAAUUGGAUAAAAGGGCAUUUUCCAUAGGAGUGGUAUUCACUGCCUGAAUUUACUAGUAAAUUAAGAUGGACUUCAGCUCCAGGUUCUUCCCCCAUCAAAAUGAACACAUCCACUAUCUCAGUCUCCGUUAUUAAAAUCACCCUCUCCCCUCUCCUUCCUUCACCUCUCCCCUGCCCAUGCAACCUAUUUCUGGUAUGGUGCUUCCCUAGCCAGCCACUGCCUCUCACACCAGACACACACUCAUCAUGUCCAUGUGUGUUAUCAGACAAAUGGUUGGGUGGGGUGGGUUUGGGGGAUUGAGUGUGUGAGAGUGUGAGUCUGGAGUUCCAAAACUAGGGGAUCUGCAGAUCUUGGGGGCUUCAGGCCAGAUUAAAAUGUUAUGCUGUUUUUUUAUACCAGCGGGCGGAAGGGAUUUGAUUUUCUUGAGAUGUCUUUUUUCUUAUUUUUUUCAUUUGACGACAGAGUUGAAAUAAUUCAGCGAUCUCAUGAAUGAUAAAUUAAGAUGUGUUGUAGCGUUCCUUUGUUGAAAUUAAAAAAGCUUUUCCACUGUAGCCAAGCGCGCAGUCACGCAUAGUCGAUCCCUGUGGAUAGCACACAGUCCAUGAAAUUGUAAUUACUAGCUCCGUCAACACUCUGUUGGUCAGUUGAUGAAGUGAAUCACACACACACGCACACACACAUACACACACACACACAUACUAUACACACACCAGCCGCAAGACUCGGGACUCGGCUUUGACUGAGACUGGUGACUUGAAAUGAUCUGUCCAGGUUUUGUUACGUUUUGUCAUUCAUUUUGUGGCACAGAGUCUCCGUGGAUUACUCUCCACGCAGCCAGAGACAGUAUCGCACUUGCAAAAAAAACAGAUUGACUAGUGAAACACACACAUUCGGCACUCUGAUUGGACCAGCAAACUGUCAAUCAACACAGGUCGGGUGAUCUAGCACAGUGAGAAGGUUUUGGGGAGUGUGAAACUGAAUGGGAAAAACAUAUAUUUUUUUAUACAGUGGCUUGCGAAAGUAUUCACCCCCCUUGGCAUUUUUCCUAUUUUGUUGCCUUACAACCUGGAAUUAAAAUUGAUUUUGGGGGGUUUUGUAUCAUUUGAUUUACACAACAUGCCUACCACUUUGAAGAUGCAAAAUCAUUUUUUGUGUGAAACAAACAAGAAAUAAGACAAAAAAAACAGAAAACUUGAGCGUGCAUAACUAUUGACCCCCCCAACGUCAAAACUUUGUAGAGCCACCUUUUUCAGCAAUUACAGCUGCAAGUCUCUUGGGGUAUGUCUCUAUAAGCUUGGCACAUCUAGCCACUGGGAUUUUUGCAAAUUCUUCAAGGCAAAACUGCUGCAGCUCCUUCAAAUUGGAUGGGUUCCACUGGUGUACAGCAAUCUUUAAGUCAUACCACAGAUUCUCAAUUGGAUUGAGGUCUGGGCUUUGACUAGGCCAUUCCAAGACAUUUAAAUGUUUCCCCUUAAACCACUUGAGUGUUGCUUUAGCAGUAUGCUUAGGGUCAUUGUCCUGCUGGAAGGUGAACCUCCGUCCCAGUCUCAAAUCUCUGGAAGACUGAAACAGGUUUCCCUCAAGAAUUUCCCUGUAUUUAGCGCCGUCCAUCAUUCCUUCAAUUCUGACCAGUUUCCCAGUCCCUGCCGAUGAAAAACAUUCCCACAGCAUGAUGCUGCCACCAUAAUGCUUCACUGUGGGAUGGUGUUCUCGGGGUGAUGAGAGGUGUUGCGUUUGCGCCAGACAUAGCUUUUUCCUUGAUGGCCAAAAAGCUCAAUUUUAGUCUCAUCUGACCAGAGUACCUUCUUCCAUAUGUUUGGGGAGUCUCCCACAUGCCUUUUGGCGAACACCAAACGUGUUUGCUUAUUUUUUUCUUUAAGCAAUGUCUUUUUUCUGGCCACUCUUCCUUAAAGCCCAGCUCUGUGAAGUGUACGGCUUAAAGUGGUCCUAUGGACAGAUACUCCAAUCUCCGCUGUGUUGCUUUGCAGCUCCUUCAGGGUUAUCUUUGGUCUCUUUGUUGCCUCUCUGAUUAAUGCCCUCCUUGCCUGGUCCGUGAGUUUUGGUGGGCGGCCCCUCUCUUGGCAGGUUUGUUGUGGUGCCAUAUUCUUUCAAUUUUUUUAUAAUGGAUUUAAUGGUGCUCCGUGGGAUGUUCAAAGUUUCUGAUAUUUUUUUAUAACCCAACCCUGAUCUGUACUUCUCACACAACUUUGUCCCUGACCUGUUUGGAGAGCUCCUUGGUCUUCAUGGUGCCGCUUGCUUGGUGGUGCCACUUGCUUAGUGGUGUUGCGGACUCUGGGGCCUUUCAGAACAGGUGUAUUUAUACUGAGAUCGUGUGACAGAUCAUGUGACACUUAGAUUGCACACAGGUGGACUUUAUUUAACUAAUUAUGUGACUUCUGAAGGUAAUUGGUUGCACCAGAAACAAGUUAUUGUUUUCAUUUCUCUUCACCAAUUUUGACUAUUUUGUGUAUGUCCAUUACAUGAAAUCCAAAUAAAAAUCCCUUUAAAUUACAAGUUGUAAUGCAACAAAAUAGGAAAAACGCCAAGGGGGAUGAAUAGUUUUGCAAGGCACUGUACAUACACUGCUCCAAAAAAUUAAGGGAACACUAAAAUAACACAUCCUAGAUCUGAAUGAAUGAAAUAAUCUUAUUAAAUACUUUUUUCUUUACAUAGUUGAAUGUGCUGACAACAAAAUCACACAAAAAUUAUCAAUGGAAAUCAAAUGUAUCAACCCAUGGAGGUCUGGAUUUGGAGUCACCCUCUAAAUUAAAGUGGAAAACCACACUACAGGCUGUUCCAACUUUGAUGUAAUGUCCUUAAAACAAGUCAAAAUGAGGCUCAGUAGUGUGUGUGGCCUCCACGUGCCUGUAUGACCUCCCUACAACGCCUGGGCAUGCUCCUGAUGAGGUGGCGGAUGGUCUCCUGAGGGAUCUCUUCCCAGACCUGGACUAAAGUCAGUGGUGCAACGUGGCGUUGGUGGAUGGAGCGAGACAUGAUGUCCCAGAUGUGCUCAAUUGGAUUCAGGUCUGGGGAACGGGCGGGCCAGUCCAUAGCAUCAAUGCCUUCCUCUUGCAGGAACUGCUGACACACUCCAGCCACAUGAGGUCUUGCAUUAGGAGGAACCCAGGGCCAACCGCACCAGCAUAUGGUCUCACAAGGGGUCUGAGGAUCUCAUCUCGGUACCUAAUGGCAGUCAGGCUACCUCUGGCGAGCACAUGGAGGGCUGUGCGGCCCCCCAAAUAAAUGCCACCCCACACCAUGACUGACCCCUGCCAAACCGGUCAUGCUGGAGGAUGUUGCAGGCAGCAGAACGUUCUCCACGGCUUCUCCAGACUCUGUCACGUCUGUCACGUGCUCAGUGUGAACCUGCUUUCAUCUGUGAAGAGCACAGGGCGCCAGUGGCGAAUUUGCCAAUCUUGGUGUUCUCUGGCAAAUACCAAACGUCCUGCACGGUGUUGGGCUGUAAGCACAACCCCCACCUGUGGACGCCGGGCCCUCAUACCACCCUCAUGGAGUCUGUUUCUGACCGUUUGAGCAGACACAUGCACAUUUGUGGCCUGCUGGAGGUCAUUUUGCAGGGCUCUGGCAGUGCUCCUCCUGCUCCUCCUUGCACAAAGGCGGAGGUAGCAGUCCUGCUGCUGGGUUGUUGCCCUCCUACGGCCUCCUCCACGUCUCCUGAUGUACUGGCCUGUCUCCUGGUAGCGCCUCCAUGCUCUGGACACUACGCUGACAGACACAGCAAACCUUCUUGCCACAGCUCGCAUUUAUGUGCCAUCCUGGAUGAGCUGCACUACCUGAGCCACUUGUGUGGGUUGUAGACUCUGUCUCAUGCUACCACUAGAGUGAAAGCACCGCCAUCAUUCAAAGUGACCAAAACAUCAGCCAGGAAGCAUAGGAACUGAGAAGUGGUCUGUGGUCACCACCUGCAAAACCAGUCCUUUAUUGGGGUUGUCUUGCUAAUUGCCUAUAUUUUCCACCUGUAGUCUAUUCCAUUUGCACAACAGCAUGUGAAAUGUAUUGUCAAUCAGUGUUGCUUCCUAAGUGGACAGUUUGAUUUCACAGAAGUGUGAUUGACUUGGAGUUACAUUGUGUUGUUUAAGUGUUCCCUUUAUUUUUUUGAGCAGUGUAUUUUAAUAGGCUACAUAUAGCCUACCAUUUGUAUUUGAUAUGUAUACCUUUGCUUAUUCGAUCUGGUCACUAACAUAGGCCUAAGGCAUUGCACCAAAUUAUUUGUUUCAAAAACAUCUAAUCUGUGCUUCAGAAGCAAAAAGGUUACUUAUGAAGCUUGCAUUUGGAAUUUGAUGUAAAAAUGUAUUAUUACAUAAUCUAAAUGUGUUGUAGACAAAAUAAUGAAAAGUGCUGUCUGGUAGCCUUAAUAAAUAGACAAAGAUUUGUAGUUGAACAAGUCAUUGCCUGUAUAGAUUAUUUUUCUUGACUCGACUCGACUUGCUCUUAGAAUGCACAACUUGGAUUUGACUCGACUCGACCCAUUCUACUUGGGACUCGACUUGAGAUUCGGACCUUGUGACUUGAGACUUGCUUGUGACUUGAAUAAUAGUGACUUGGUCCCACCUCUGACACACACACACACACACACACAUACAAAUAUACACAUAAAAAUUACCCACACAUUAUGUGAUAGAAAAUUAUAUGUGCCUCAUUUGCAUAAAUACACUGUAUUUGCAUAUUUGCAUAAAAUAACAUAAAGGAGAUGAACAAAUCAAAUCAAAUCAAAUUUCAUUGGUCACAUACAAGUGUUUAGCAGAUGUUAUUGUGGGUGUAGCGAAAUGCUUGUGUUUCUAGCAUCGACAGUGCAGUAUAUCUAACAAGUAAUAUCUAACAAUUUCACAACAUAUACCCAAUACACACAAAUCUAAGUAAAGCAACGGAAUUAAGAAUAUAUAAAUUAAUAUAUGGACAAGCAAUGUCAGAGCGGCAUACAGUAGAAUAGUAUAGAAUACAGUAUAUACAUUUGAGAUGAGUAAUGCAAGAUAUGUAAACAUUAUUAAAGUGACUAGUGUUCCAUUUAUUAAAGUGGCCAGUGAUUUCUAAUCUAUGUAUGUAGGCAGCAGCCUCUAAUGUGCUAGUGAAGGCUAUUUAACAGUCUGAUGGCCUUGAGAUAGAAGCUGUUUUUCAGUCUCUCGGUCCCAGCUUUGAUGCACCUGUACUGACCUCGCCUUCUGGAUGAUAGCGGGGUGAACAGGCAGUGGCUCGGGUGGUUGUUGUACUUGAUGAUCUUUUUGGGCUUCUUGUGGUGCUGUAAGUGUCCUGGAGGGUUGGUAGUUUGCCCCCGGUGAUGCGUUGGGCAGACCGCACCACCCUCUGGAGAGCCCUGUGGUUGUGGGCGGUGCAGUUGCCGUACCAGGCGGUGAUACAGCUCGACAGCAUGCUCUCAAUUGUGCAUCUGUAAAGGUUUGUGAGGGUCUUAGGUGCCAAGCCAAAUUUCUUCAGCCUCCUGAGGUUGAAGAUACGCUGUCUUCACCACACUGUCUGUGUGGGUGGACCAUUUCAGUUUGUCAGUGAUGUGUAUGCCGAGAAACUUGAAGCUUUCCACCUUCUCCACUGCGGUCCCGUCAAUGUGGAUAGGGGGGUGCUCCCUCUGCUGUUUCCUGAAGUCCACGAUCAUCUCCUUUGUUUUGUUGACGUUGAGUGAGAAGUUAUUUUCCUGGCACCACACUCCCAGAGCCCUCACCUCCUCCCUGUCUCAUCAUUGUUCGUAGUCAAGCCUACUACUGUUGUGUCGUCUGCAAACUUGAUGAUUGAGUUGGAGGCGUGCUUGGCCACACAGUCAUAGGUGAACAGGGAGUACAAGAGGGGGCUGAGCACGCACCCUUGUGGGGCCCCAGUGUUGAGGAUCAGCGAAGUGGAGGUGUUGUUUCCUACCUUCACCACCUGGGGGGCGGCCCGUCAGGAAGUCCAGGACCCAGUUGCACAGGGUGGGGUUCAGACCGAGGGCCUCGAGCUUAAUGAUGAGCUUGGAGGGUACUAUGGUUUUGAAUGCUGAGCUAUAGUCAAUGAACAGCAUUCUUACAUAGGUAUUCCUCUUGUCCAGAUGGGAUAGGGCAGUGUGCAGUGUGAUGGCGAUUGCAUCGUCUGUGGAUCUAUUGGGGCGGUAAGCAAAUUGAAGUGGGCCUAGGGUGGCAGGUAAGGUAGAGGUGAUAUGAUCCUUGACUCUCAAAGCACUUCAUGAUGACAGAAGUGAGUGCUACGGGGCGAUUGUCAUUUUGUUCAGUUACCUUUGCUUUCUUGGGUACAGGGACAAUGGUGGCCAUCUUGAAGCAUGUGGGGACAGCAGACUAGGAUAGGGAGAGAUUGAAUAUGUCCGUAAACACACCAGCCAGCUGGUCUGCACAUGCUCUGAGGACGCGGCUAGCCUUGCGAGGGUUAACACGCUUAAAUGUCUUACUCACGUUGGCCACAGAGAAGGAGAGCCCACAGUUCUUGAUAGCGGGCCGCAUCGGUGGCAGUGUAUUAUCCUCAAAGCGUGCGAAGAAGGUGUUUAGCUUGUCCGGACGCAAGACGUCGGUGUCCGCUACAUGGCUGGUUUUCCUUUUGUAGUCCGUGAUUGUCUGUAGACCCUGCCACAUAUGUCUUGUGUCUGAGCCGUUGAAUUGCGCCUCCACUUUGUCCCUAUACUGACGUUUUGCCUGUUUGAUUGCUUUGUGGAGGGAAUAACUACACUGUUUGUAUUCUGCCAUAUUCCCAGUCACCUUGCCAUGGUUAAAUGCGAUGGUUUGCGCUUUCAGUUUUGCUGCAACCACCAAACACUUGCUCUGUCUAGCAGUGGAGGCUGGUAGGAGGAUCUAUAGGAGGACAGGCAUUUAUUCCAUUCCAUCCAUUACAAUGAACCGUCCUCCGAUAGCUCCUCCCACCAGCCUGUACUGCUGUCUAGGCCUACCUGCACUCACCUGUGCUGUCUAGACUGCCUCAUUAAUUACGGUUGUUGUCACGUUCUCUUGCAUAAUUCAACAAGUGUGUCAAAAGCAGGAUACCCUCGGAUUAAAAAUCAACAUGCUUGGCUCUAGAUUACACCUAUCUCAACAUACUUUACAUUGUUUGCAAGAUCAGACAUAAUAUCACUAAUAAUAUCACUAAUCCGAGUUUUCAUUUUCGGAAGUUGCUUUCAUUUCAGUUAAUCUGUUUUGUAAACAUUUCAACUGUAUUAAAUGAUAACUUUGUUUUCUAUUCCACAAAAAAUGAACACCCAUCAAAAUAAAGUUAGCUUUCUUCUCUUUCUUGUGAUGUAAGUGUCGAGACGGUGCGUUAAAUCCCAGACAAAGCUUUAGCGUUCUUAUAGAUUCAACGGAAAGCCAAGGUAUCCCAUUGAGCCCAUUUCAGCCAUUACCGGGGUGUGUUUGACAGGUCAUUACAACAUUUCCCCGGUCAUAACAUUAACGGGAAAAAACAAAAGGCACAAGUAAGAGAAUGAAAGAGUCGCAAGAGUAAAAUGAAAGCAAUCAAUCCAGCGAGAUUUACAGUAAGUGACCAGUGGAUUUUGCAGACCCCACACACAGGAAAUAGAUGGCUGAAAAAUACAGAUCCUCGCUUUCAUAGACACACACACACACACACAUACACACACACGUAAUAUCUCUCUUUUUAUUUAUAUUUUUCCUCCAUCCCUCUUUCCCUCUCUCUCUCACACACGCUCUGUGCCACGAGGACUCAGCAUUAGAUUCCCAUAUAUUCAUGAGGCAUCUCUAACCCAGUUUGUGCUGUGUAACACGGAUGGUUUCUCUGUGUACCUUGAGAAUAGCUGUCUGCUCCAGCCUGCUGUUUCUCCUGCACCUUCUGCUCCCCUCAUCUAUCGCUCUCUCUUCCCCUCCACCUCUACCCACGCCUCUCCUCUCUCUCUCCACCCCCUACACUAGUUUACUCUCCUCCCCUCCACCUCUACCCGCACCUCUCCUCCCUCUCUCCUCUGCCCCAACACGAUCUCCCCCUCUUUUUAAGAUAUGUCCCCUCCUUCCACUCCUCCUCUCCCCCUCUCAGGCCCUCCUCUUCUCCCUCUCCCCAUCUCCUCCUCUCUCUCUCUGUACUCUGUUUGCCUGCACAGCUUCUGCUUCACACACACACACUUGCAUACACACUUACUACACAAACAAAAUUGGAUAUUUCUUAAUUUAAUUUGUUCUUUUUUUUAUUCUUUUUGGGGGGUGGUUAUUUGUGUAUUAGUAACCAUUUUGCUACACCUGCUUUAACAUUUGCUAAUCUGUGUACGCGACAAAUACGUUUUGAUAUAUUUUGAUAUGGUUUGAUUUUAACAAUUUAUGUUACCAUCUCUGAGCCAUGCACAAUUCAUUCUGGGUUUCUGUCAGGGGAAGAGGGAAUAGGGGAAAACAGGCCAUCUCAACACUCUCCCAGAGUACCAGAUUAAAAUGGAUUAGAUUACAUUUAAUCAAAUGCUUCUGUUUGUAAAAAUGUAUCAUUCAAUUAGACAAUUCAAAUGUUUCUUACCAUGGCUUCCCGAAGCACAGAUUCCUCUCUGAUUUACCUCUAGUGAACGGAAUGUGAUUCAGGAUGUUUUGAGGAUGAAACAUUUCCAUUUAAUUAAGCAAGAAUAUGUUAAAGUGAUACAAAACAACUUGUUUGAGAUCAGUUUUGACUCUGAAUCCUGAUUGUUUGGAAGGGGCUGGUAGUUGGACAUUGAGGGGAUUUGAUUAUCUGGCCCGGGUUACCCCGGUGGGAGGAGUUUGCACCGGGUGAAAAGUGAUUCCAUUCGUUUUGGAACCGGGCUGCCUCCCUGGCGUGAGCCAGGUUCCCCGUUCCAAGCCCACGGCGAAGUCGGCUCAAAACAAAACUGAUGUAGUCUAGGCUAGAUUAAGCACGUGGAGUAAUGAGAAGGAUUCUGUGUUUUCACAUGCAAAAGUGAUUGCUUUUGAUAAAAACACUUUAGCUGCCUUCCCAAUUAAAAUUAGCUUGAAAUUCCUAACAUAUAUUUUAUGGAAAAGAGAAGUUGUAUGUUUCUCAAUGAUGCACCAUCCUGCCUUGUUGAUUACAUGACCUACGGCACAGAUUACUAUUCGAUUUGCGAAGGGCGCACCUCCCUCACCUCUCUCACUCCACGGGCCAUAGACCGGCGCACCGUGGCUCAGGUUAAUAGAACUCGCUCAUUGGGUGAUGGGUGAUUCUGAUUGGCUGUGUGUGUUGACAGGCGUGAUAUAUGCUUAUUGGGUGAUUCUGAUUGGCUGUGUGUUGACAGGCGGGGACGUAUGCGUAUCGAGGUGAUUCUGAUUCGCUGUGUGUGUUGAUAGGCGGGACAUAUGUGUAUCGGGUGAUUCUGAUUGGCUGUGUGUGUUGACAGGCGAGGAUGUGUGCAUAACAGCUGACUCUGAUUGGCUGUGUGUGUUGACAGGCGGAGACUUGUGCAUAACAGGUGAUUCUGAUUGGCUGUGUGUGUUGACAGGCGGGGAUGUGUGCAUAACGGGUCAUGACAGUGGACCAGUGUUUGAGGAGCAGCCCAGCAGUGUGGUCUACCCAGAGGGACUCAGUGAGGGCAAAGUCACUCUCAGCUGCCAGGCUAGAGCCAGUCCUGCUGCUACGUACAGGUAAGAACACACACACACACACACACACACACACACACACACACACACACACACACACACACACACACACACACACACACACACACACACACACACACACAGAGAGACAGAAAACAAAUCAAAUCAAAUGAAUUCGUCACAUACGAGAGAGAGGGGUACAGCCAGAGAAGCAUUCAUUAGACAGGUAAUACAGAUGAGAAGUCUGUUAUCUAACCCCUCCCUGUCCGGUAGCUGGCGUGUGAAUGGUACAGAUGUACCUGUAGGGGACCCCCGGUACACGCUGGUAGCCGGUAACCUGGUGAUCAGCGGUCCCCAGUUUGGCCGUGACGGAGGUUCCUAUCAGUGUCUGGCCAUCAACCGCUGUGGCACCAUACUCAGCCGGGCCGCCAACCUCAAAUUCGGCUGUGAGUACAUUCAUUUAUUCAUUUAAAUAUUCAUGUAUUAUUUACCAUUCUCUCAGUGUUGAUGGGGACAAUGCAUAUUAAGCAACAUUUAUUGGAUCCCAAUUGUUGUUCAUCAAACUUUAUUUGGAUCUCACCUCAUUCCAUUGAUUGGUUUACAUAGUGAAAAGAAGAAAUUGCUCAGUGAGAUUUAAUUUAGUUUUUUUAUGUUAUUGUGACAUCCUUCUUCCCUCCUUUUUCAGACCUCCAUGACUUCCCUGGGGAAGGGAGGAGCCCACAGAUGGCUUACGAGGGAGCAGGUGCCUUCCUGGCCUGCCAGCCCCCCACCCACUACCCAGGUACACAAACACACACACACAUACACACACACAUGCACACACACACAAAUGCUCAAUCUCUGCAUCCUCUCUGAGUCUCACUCUCCUUUCCUCUCUCUCUCUCUCUCUCUCUCUCUCUCUCUCUCUCUCUCUCUCUCUCUCUCUCUCUCUCUCUCUCUCUCUCUCUCUCUCUCUCUUUCUCUCCUCUCGUUAGCUCUGUCCUACCGCUGGUUCGUUAGCGAGUUCCCCAGCUUCGUGAAGCCUGACGGGGGUCGGUGGUUCGUUUCCCAGGUAACGGGCAACCUGUACCUGGCCAAGGCAGAGCCUAAUGAUACAGCAAGUUACUUCUGCUUCACCACCAUCAACAUGGACAUCAGCACCAAGAGUACCUUCAGCAAGGCUAACCAGCUCACCGUGCAGCCAGACGGUACAGGACUCUGUGUGUGUGUGUGUGUGUUUGUUUGUGUGUUUGUGCUUGUAGCUGAGUGAGAAAAAAGGCCUAUUCAAGACUCUGUUACUCGUACACAGUAAUUGUACAGCUUUGAAAAGUUUUGACAUCUCAAUUGACCAUUUCGGGACAAUGAACUACAAAGAAUAAAGUGUGUUUCUCCUGUAAGAGGGAAGACUUGAACCACAUCAGCCAUUUUCUCUGUUGUUGACAUGUCCUCUCUAUUCACCACAGCCAACCCCAGGAAGUCAGCUCCUGCAAUCAAAGUGGGUUUUCCAGCAGAGACGUAUGCCCUGACAGGACACACCACCCAGCUGGAAUGCUUCGCCUACGGAAAGUAAGUCCCUGAUUCAUUUUUUUGUUAGAAUAUCUCUGAUUUGUUGUAUUUCUUCUGUUUUCACACACUCUCUCCCGACAUGUCGCUUCCUGCCUCUCCCUCCUUCUCCUCCUCUUGUACUUCUCUCCUUACCUUCCUCCCAUUUCCUCUCUCUCUCCUCCCCCUCCCCCUCCUCCCCAACUCCAUCCCUCUUGCACUCUUUAUCCUCCUCUCCUACUCCUACCCUCCCCAGUCCCGUCCCAAAGCUGCGUUGGAGGAAGGUGGAUGGUCUGUUGCCGUCUAAGGCCGGGGCUAGUGCAGAGGGACCCAUCCUCACUCUGCCUGAUAUGACCUUCCAUGAAGAGGGGGUGUAUGAGUGUGAGGCCUACAACUCAGAGGGCCGCGACACACACCAGGGACGCAUCACUGUGCAAGGUAGGGUAGAGACACAAACCACACACACACACACACCAACACACACACAAAACAUGACCAUCAUAACCAUGCGUGUUGACCUGCAUUUUAUUGUCCCUGUGUCUGUCUGGUCCCUUCCAGCACAGCCAGAGUGGCUGCAGGUGAUGAGUGACUCUGAGGUGGAGAUCAGCUCCGAGCUGCCCUGGACUUGUGUGGGAGCAGGCAAACCAAGACCCUCCAUACGCUGGCUACGCAACGGACAGCCCCUCAGCACACAGGUAUACACACACACACAGACACACUCACCCACACACACACACACACACACACAGACACACACACACACCACACCACACAGACCACCCACACACACACACAGACACCACACACACACAGACACAACACACAGCACACACACACACACACUCACACACACAGACAUACAUACACACCCAGACACACACACACAGACACACACACACAUACACACACAUACAACAUACAAACACACACCAUACACGCACAGCACACACCAGACACACACACAAGAGACACACACCAACACACACACAGACACACACCACAACCAGCACACACGCACGCACACAGCCAUCGCACAUACACACAAACACACAUAACACACACUCACCCACACACACACACAACACACACACAACACACACACACACACACAACACACACACAACACACACACACCACACACACAGACACACACACACACAACACACAACACACAACACACACACACACACACACAACACACACACAACAGACACAUACACACAGACACACACCACAGACCACAUACACACACACACACACACAUACACACACACACACACACAUACACGGACACACACACAGACAGACACACACACACACACACACACACACACACACACACACACACACACACACACACACACAGACACCACACAGACACACACAGACCACACACACACGACACACACACACACACAGACACACAUACAGACACACACACACACACACACACAGACAGACAGACAGACAGACAGACAGACAGACAGACAGACAGACAGACAGACAGACACACACACACACACACAUACAAUCUCCUAUCUCCCGUCUCUUCUCUCCCUUAUCUGUCUUUCCCCUCCCAAUGCAUUUUCAUAUAUCUCCAUCCAUCCCUCUCUCUAUCUCUCCCAUCAUCUCUCCUUGCUCUCUCUCAGGAACGGGUGGAGGUCAACGGGGGUCGUCUGAAGGUCAUCAACCUGGCCCUGGAGGAUUCUGGGAUGUAUCAGUGUGUGGCUGAGAACAAACACGGCACCAUCUACUCCAAUGCCGAGCUGAGGGUGCAAGGUGAGUGGUCAGGGUUCAAGGGUUAAAACCAAACCAUGUCAACACUGCAGCCCAAGAGAACUGGAACUUAACACCCCAGUUGUAACAUUUCUUUCCCCCUCUCCUCCCUCUCCUCCACUCUGUGUUGGGGUCUCCAGUCCAAGCCCCAGACUUCCGCUCCAACCCAGUGAGGAGGCUGGUCCCAGCAGCCCGAGGGGGGCAAGUGAUGAUGGAGUGUCGGCCGCGAGCCGCCCCCAAACCCACCCUGUUCUGGAGCCGCGGCACUGAGCUUCUCACCAACAGCAGCAGGUACACACACACACACACACUAACUCACAUCCACACACACACACACACAUACAUACACACACCUUACCCUGAGGCUUGAUUGAGAAACCAAAAUGUGCAAGAGGUAUGUAGUAGAAGGUAAGAUCAAAAGAGCAUUCCCCUGUUAUGUGUGUAUCAAAGGAACCUAUUUCAGUGGAUUUCAUCACAUUUUGGUGCUUUGCUAGGUCUGUGUGUCUAGAUGAAAAACAUAAUUAAUUAACCUGUGUGUCUAUGCGCGUGCGUGUGUGUACGUGUGUGUAUGUGUAUGAAUGUGCACUUGUUACAUCUCCAGAGGAAAUUAAACAUAAAGGGUAGAGGUUAAGGUCAAAUGGAGAUUAGAAGAGAAAUGUGAUCUGAAGGGAAAGUGUGUCAUGUUUUAGAUUUGAUUUUGUCCUCGACUCCCAUCUAACAAGCGCAAACUGCAAACACUUUAAAGGCCCAAACAUUUAAAAAGCCCAAAUUAAUUUCCCAACUGUUAAGAGGAAUGAAGGUAACAAGCUUCCUGCUUCUUCUUCCAGGGUGACAGUGACUCCAGACGGGGUGCUGCGGAUCCACAACAUUAGCAGGGCCGAUGAGGGGAAGUAUACCUGCUUUGCUGAGAACUACCUGGGCAAGGCCAACAGCACUGGACACCUGUCUGUUAGAGGUACACACACACACACACACACACACACACACACACACACACACACACACACACACACACACACACACACACACACACACACACACACACACUGAGACUAUCAGAGGUAACUGAACUCCCUCACUAUCCUCCUCCUCAUCUGCCCUUGUCCUUUCCCUCCUUCCCUCCAGAUGCCACUAAGAUCACCUUGGCUCCCUCCAACGCUGACAUCAAUCAGGGGGAGAACGUCACGCUGCAGUGUCACGCAUCACAUGACCCCACCAUGGACCUCACCUUCACCUGGGCUCUCAACGGAGCUCUGCUGGACCUGGAGGACCCCAGCGGACCGUACCACCGCGUGGAGGGGGUGAGUUAGUCAGGCCACAGUAGAGCAAACCAUUGCAGGAAUGGGGGGGUGUCAUGAUGAAUAACACACAAACAAAUCCACGGGUUCUCUUGGGGUUAUUUUGAAUCAAAGAGUUUGAAAUUUAAUUAAACUGCUUAACUGAUUUUGGAAUCAAACAGCUUGAAAUUAGUAUGAUUCCCAGUUUGAUUAAUGAAAAUAAGAACCAUUAAGCAGGGUUUAUUUAAACAAUAAACAUUUUUAUUAGAGACAGCUAUUAUAUGCUUAAUUGAUUAACUUAAGAUCUACGCUGCAGACCAUAUCAAGGAGACCAUCCAUUUAAUGUGCAGUCUCCCUCCCUACCGUUCACGUUUUGCUGACGAAACACUUCUAGGUUGAUGAUGUGACUUUGCCAUUUUCCAUGCCUCUGGGUUUACUGGGGUUAGAGUUUAGAAUCCUGACCCAAACAAGUUCCGGUCAGCACCGUGAUUUCACUGUCACUGGAGUCGUCUUUAUAAUGGUAUCUACUUUUAAAGCCGAGUGUUGGAUAUAAUUGAAUUUCAUUUUAAGUAAAGUUACCUUCAGUACUGCUGUGAAAUGGUGAUGAUAUGAAUACUGAAUACCUGGUUGUUUCUCUGUAGCAGACAGACCAUGUCUCCAAUUACUGAACAAGCUCUUUCUCUUUUUCUCUCUCUCUCUCUCUCUCUCUCUCUCUCUCUCUCUCUCUCUCUCUCUCUCUCUCUCUCUCUCUCUCUCUCUCUCUCUCUCUCUCUCUCUAUACAUAUAUAUAUAUCUGCCUCCCUUUCUCUCUGUCGCUCUCCCUGUCUUUCUCUCACCCUCUUUCUCUUUAAUCUCUCACCCUCUUUCUCUUUAAUCUAUCUCUCUCUCUCACUCUCACUCUCAUUCUCUCUCUCCACCCUCCCAUUCUCUCCCCCUCUCCACCCCUCUAUCUCUCUCUAACAGAAGGAGACCAUAGGUGAUCUGUUGAUAGUGAGUGGUCAGCUGAGUCAGGCAGGUGCAUACAGCUGUACAGCUCAGACCGUGGUGGACAGCGCCUCAGCCUCCGCUAAACUGGUGGUCAGAGGUAAAACACUGAUCAUACCACAACAACUCACCUGCCCUUUUUCUACGAUGGUCAUCCUUAUAAAAUGUUUGUUUUACAGCAUUGCAGGAUUUAGAUGUAACAUUUUAUGAGGAUUUUUUACUUACUUACUUACUUGCAUAAUCAUCUUUAUCCCCAGGCCACAAUGAGCUACGUCCACUACUUUAUGGGUGAGAAUUUGUACUUGCAUGUAAAUGAAGGAAGUUAGAUAAAAGUCCUGACUAGGCAUUCUCCAACUGUCUCUCUUCAGGCCCCCCGGGACCUCCUGGUGGUUUGGUGGUGAAGAACGUUGCCGCGACGUCGGUGGAGUUGCGGUGGAGUCAUGGCUAUGACAACCACAGCCCCAUCGGGAAGUAUGUCAUCAUGGGUCACUCACCGCUGUCACCUGGUUGGAGGAGGAUGAGGACAGGUAAGAGGACCACCACUGUCUGUGUGUAUGUGUGUGCUUAUCUGUGUACCUGUAUGCUUUUGUGUCAAUCAAUUAAUCCCCGCCUUCUCCUCCACUCUUCUCCCACAGACCCAUCUAACAUUGAAGGCAAUGCUGAGUCGACUCGUGUGGUUGGCCUGUUGCCAUGGAUGGACUAUGAGUUCCAGGUCAUCGCCAGUAACAUCCUGGGUAGUGGAGAGCCUAGCAUGUCCUCUCACACCGUACGCACCCAGCAAGCAGCUCCCACAGUGGCCCCUAGUGGACUAGGUGGAGGAGGAGGAGAUCGCAACGAACUCAUCAUCACCUGGACGGUCAGUGUGUGUGUGUGUAUGUGUGUGUGUCUGUGUGUGUGUGUGUGUUAGAGAGAGAGUUUUGUCUUUGUGAAAAUUGACAUAAAGUUUUGUUUGAAUCCGAUCUCAGCCCAUGGCCAGAGAGUACCAGAACGGAGAUGGCUUUGGCUACAUCCUGGCAUUCCGGAAGCGGAACUCUCAGACGUGGGUGGUGGAGCGUGUUUCCAACGUGGAGUCGUCUCGCUACGUGUAUUCCAACCAGAGCCUAUCUCCAUACUACCUCUUUGAGGUGAAGAUUAAAGCCUACAACCGUAAAGGAGAGGGUCCCUUCAGCCAGAUCGCUCUGGUGCACUCUGCAGAAGAGGGUGAGCAACCCAAACUCUAACUCUAACUUCAACCCUAACCUCAACCCUAGCCCUAGCCCUAACCCUUCAGUCAGAUCACCCUGGUGCACUCUGCAGAGGAGGGUGAAUCAGAACAGAUCUGGGGCAUGCAGAAAGGAUUAGGAGCAUUAUGCUGGAUUGCCACAAGAGGGCGAACAAAAACACAAAAAAAACAGAUGAGUUUACCAACCACAUUAUGUAAAUUCAUUGUGUUUAUCGUACUUAUGUGUGUUAGAUAUGAUCCGACUCCCCAACCCUUAUUUUACCCCUGACCAUCCCUGCAGAGCCCACGGUGGCGCCCUCGAGGAUCAACGCCACUGCUCUGACAGCGUUCGAGAUGCAGGUAUCGUGGGACCCCAUCCAACAUCUCAGCACCAACGGCAUCCUCCGAGGCUACGAGGUCAGGACCUGCACAACACCAGCAUAUAUCAUAUAUGUGACAAGCUAUUCUUCCAGAGCCCUAUGGGCGCUAUGGGCCCUGGUCAAAAGUAGUGCACUAUAAAUGGAAUAGGGUGCCAUUUGGGACCCAUCUCUAGACUUUUGCUCCAAACCAGUCUGAACCGGUGUGUGGGUGAACUGAGAUAACAGCUAUGGUGCUAUUAGUCUCCUGACGCCACUGGAGUUGACCUCACCUCAUCUUAUCUUCUCAGCCUUGAUCUGUUACCCCCACACUAAUAAAGAUGGUAUUCAUUUAUUAGCUGGGCUGUGUUUGGUUGGGAUCAUCAGCAUGUGCAGUCUGUCGACAGGCAGGUUAGGUGUGAUGGUUGGUUAUCAUGAUUUUCUUUAAAUGUAUUUAACUAGUGGGGAAACAAUGGCAGAGUCAUUAAUAUUAUCACAGUUCAACAGGUGUCACACUUUGAUCUUUCAUAUGUUAAUUGUACAUAUUUGAAAGGAAACAUUGUUUAAGAGAAGAAAAAUAACAGAAUACACAGAGCCUUCAGGUGAAGCAUGAAACAACGAAGGGCUUAGAUGUAAGACUCACCAAAAAAUAUGUUCAUAUUUAUAGUACCACACAGUAUAUUGUGAGGAAGAGUACAGGUAUCGAACAUUCCUAAUGAUUUGACAAAGUUUGUGGGUUUUUUUCAGUAGAAGAAACAAUAUUCCAGUAUUAGGCACCUCAUUCCUUUAAGAGAUGUACCCACGCUCACAUAACAAAUUGUUUGACAAUACUGUCUGUAUGUGUGUUUUUACAGAUCCGGUACUGGCGUCAGCAUGAGCGGGAGGCGUCUGCAGACCGUGUGCGUACAGCUGGGCUGGAGACGACAGCUCACGUGGUGGGACUGAGACCCAGCACCCGGUACCAUGUCACCGUACUGGCCUACAACAGCGCUGGCACUGGACCAGCCUCACCCAGAACCACUGUCACUACCAGGAGACCACGUAUGUAGGAUACCCAACACACACACACACACACAGUAUUGCCACCAUCAAGACACCGUAUGUAUGACAUAACACACACUAUUGUUUUAAUGCCCUGGCCCAAAGCCUCCUCCAGGAUCAGAUGUGAGCCGUGGGUUGACAAUACUGGGUUAGGCCAGUAGUGUAAAUAUGAGUUCUCCCCUGUGGGCUGAGAUGGAUUGUCCCUACCAGCUGAGAACACCCAGGGGGUCAAACACAAUGGGGCCAUACUUGCAAACAUUAGAAAAGGUUCAAGGUGAAGUUUAAGCAUCAGCCAAUUAAAAUCAUUGACCUAGUGUCACGUGAUAGAACACUACAUUGUAGCUAGUCCCAUCAGAUAACCUGGCACACGUUAGCCCUAUGCUAACUUUACCAGGUGGCAGUGAUUAUUUCCUGAAACAACUUCCUCAUCAGCCUAUCAAAAAUGUUACUUUUCUCUACAAACCAACGGCAUUUCAUAAAAUAGGUCAACUUGGCCACCAGAUAGAUUUUGUAAACAUCCAAAGUCAAGGUUUACUUUUGUUCCACUUGGUCUGUCACAAAUAUCAAUAUGUAGCAUGAUGCAUCCUUGACUAGGCUACUAGCUACUAAUGUUAGACAAAGUUUUUUGUACAUAGUACGAGAGCCACAAGAGCCUUGUGGCCUUGUCAAAAGGCUGUCAUUUAACACAAUUGACAUCACUGCCAGAUGGCGUAUAGCACUAAGGUGCUUAACAUUCAAUCUCUGAGGCACAGUAAUUGUGGGUUUGAGUCCCUCUCAAGUUAAGCUUUUUUGUUAAGGAAAAAACUGUUCACUGCUGGUCCUUGAUGCUCAAUUCAAAUAAGGCUUAAAUGACGAAGUGGUUGAUUCUAACAAUGCAUACAAAACGCUGUAAAUGUAAGUGUAGCCUACAUAAGAAUUUAAAGGAUGUUUUUGGUCUAACAGUAACUGUUAUUGUUUUCUGUAUGCUAGGCAUAUGUAGAAUACUAAUUCAUCAUUAAGUGGUCUUGCGAGACUGAUUUUAGCUUUGAUAUAAACAGUAUUAAACAAGCCCCAUUCUGAGAGGUGGGGGAGCGUCGCUCCAGCAGCACUAACGUUACACCCCUAUAAAGUAGCAGUAGCACAUGUGUCGGUCUGCAAGAGGGACUCCACUAAGCUCCUCAUUAAAUAUAGCCUAUUUGUAAUCUUCAUUUACAAGGUUUUGGCUGCAAUUCCCUUCACAACACACUUUCACUAUAAAUGUAAUUCUAUAUUUUAAAGGAAAAAACGUAUAUCUCACCUGGGAUUCGAACUUGCCGCAAACGGCGAAAAGUACCAGGUGCCAGGCUCGGUACACUGUGAUCUAAACAUCCAGGUGAAAUCACAUUUGAAUUUGAAUAGCAGAUCGUGCCGUUUGACUUCUGUUAAGGAUGCUCUCAUGAAAAAGUGUUCUAUCACGCCCACAAGUUUAACAUAUUUGAUAAGCUGAUGAGGAAGUUGUUACAGGAAAUAAUCACUGCCACCUGAUGAAGUUAGCAUAGGGCUAACAUGUGCCAUGUUAUCUGAUGGGACCAGCUGCAAUGCAGCAUUCUAUCACGUGACAAUACGGCAACAAAUUUUAUAGGCUGAUGCUUAAACUUGAAUUUAAUCUUUUUCUAAUGUUCGCAAGUGUGGCCCCAGUGUUUUUGGGAGGGGGGAUCUCCACCAUGCACCUGGCUACCAGUAUCUACUGGGCUUAAGGGUGUAAAGGGAUUCUUGUGGAGGAUUUAUAGAGUGAGAAGGAAUCAUGUCUGUGCUGAUCCUGAUACAGAGGAUAUUCUCCUCUCCCUUAAGCUACUGUAGACACUGAUACCUUAACCCACUAACGUCAACAUAAGGCACAAAUAUGUCUAUAUUAUUAUAUUCUAUAUAAUAUCAUGCCUUUUGGUUUGCAGUUCAAUUACAGUUUGGAUCGUCAUGUUUCUGUGUCUGUAAUAUGUGCGUGAGACCAUUGUAUUACCAAGUUAUUAUCAAGUAUCUAAGUUUAAUUCCUCAAUAACUUCCUGGUCAUGUCUUGGUCAUGUGACUCCUGGAAGGUGAGACAGGUCAAUAAGUUGUUGUCUCUUGUUGUUUAUUUUGUUUAUUUUUACAGCUCCUAAUCGUCCCCCUGGCAACGUGUCCUGGAAGACUGAUGGCUCAUGGGUAACUGUGAGGUGGGAUCAUGUCAAGACCCUAGACAACGAAUCAGCCGUACUGGGUUACAAGGUGAGUGGUGUCUGUUUGUAGGAGAGGUGUGUGCAUGUGGGUAUGUUAUUGUCAUAUUGCGAAUGCACUGUCAAAAUAUAUGAAAUAAUGUUAAGAUGUGUGAAGUGAAAGGGGAUAUGUGGUGAAAAUGAAUAAUGUUGUUUGCAUAAACUACUUGUAAUCCCUUCUGUAAAUAAUCAGAUAUGUAGUGCAGUAAAAAGGUAAUAUAAAAAAAUCUAAGAGCAUUUGAUAUGGCUCAGCUUGCCACUAGAAAGGCAUUCAAGAUAUGGCAUAUCAUCAAUGGAUAACAUUAACCAUCCUACACUGGUUUUAUAGUGUGAUGCUGUGCAGAGAAAAAAAGGAAUGAAAACAUUAGCUUACUAAACAAAGGGGGAAAGGAAAAACAUUCAAUAAGUUUGUGUGAAGAUGUUCCCUCCCUCUGUCUUCUCUCAGGUCCUGUACAAGCACGAGGGCCAGUCUGCUCUGAAGGUUCUGGACAAGGGGAAGACGUCUGUGACCCUGCCCCUACCCAAAGACAAUGGCUACGUGGUCCUGGAGAUACGCUCCUGGGGGGAGGGGGGUGACGGAGCCGCACAAGAGACCAUCGUCUCCCGAGACUCAGGUGAGACUUGGACUGACUGGGUGUGUCCCAAUAAUAUCUAUUUUCUCUUAAAGUGUACACUCGUUCACUACUUCCCACAAAUCUAUAAGCAGUGGAUUGGUUAAAGGAUGGGUUAUAGAGCGUUUCCACCAUAUUUCUUAUACCAGUAAUUUCUUUUCAAAUCAGUGAAGAGAAGUGAACAAGUGCACACUUUGGGAGGAAGGAAAGAUAAUUAGCACGUAGCCACUGACACAGAUGUUUAAUGGAAAUUACUUCAGCACCCACACAUUAUUACAGAGUCACACACCUAGGGCUGCAAAUAUAUAUUAUUGGAAUCUUUUGCAGUUUACCAGUAAACUAACAGAACAUUUGUAACUUUCAAGGAUUUUAUGGAAUUUUAUCAGAUGGCAUCUAGUGUCUUUUUUUGGGUACUUCAGAUUAUCACAGGUGUCUGUAAUUAUCUCUGUCCCUCACAUGUAAAAUUUGUGAAAUAAUAAAAUAAGAUUACUGAAAAAAAUUAUAGAAUGACAAAGCUGUAAAACAUUAUCCUAAAUAUAUAUACAGUGGGGAAAAAAAGCAUUUAGUCAGCCACCAAUUGUGCAAGUUCUCCCACUUAAAAAGAUGAGAGAGGCCUGUAAUUUUCAUCAUAGGUACACGUCAACUAUGACAGACAAAUUGAGAAAAAAAAUCCAGAAAAUCACAUUGUAAGAUUUUUAAUGAUUUUAUUUGCAAAUUAUGGUGGAAAAUAAGUAUUUGGUCACCUACAAACAAGCAAGAUUUCUGGCUUUCACAGACCUGUAACUUCUUCUUUAAGAGGCUCCUCUGUCCUCCACUUGUUAUCUGUAUUAAUGGCACCUGUUUGAACUUAUCAGUAUAAAAGACACCUGUCCACAACCUCAAACAGUCACACUCCAAACUCCACUAUGGCCAAGACCAAAGAGCUGUCAAAGGACACCAGAAACAAAAUUGUAGACCUGCACCAGGCUGGGAAGACUGAAUCUGCAAUAGGUAAGCAGCUUGGUUUGAAGAAAUCAACUGUGGGAGCAAUUAUUAGGAAAUGGAAGACAUACAAGACCACUGAUAAUCUCCCUCGAUCUGGGGCUCCACGCAAGAUCUCACCCCGUGGGGUCAAAAUGAUCACAAGAACGGUGAGCAAAAAUCCCAGAACCACACGGGGGGACCUAGUGAAUGACCUGCAGAGAGCUGGGACCAAAGUAACAAAGCCUACCAUCAGUAACACACUACGCCGCCAGGGACUCAAAUCCUGCAGUGCCAGACGUGUCCCCCUGCUUAAGCCAGUACAUGUCCAGGCCCGUCUGAAGUUUGCUAGAGUGCAUUUGGAUGAUCCAGAAGAGGAUUGGGAGAAUGUCAUAUGGUCAGAUGAAACCAAAAUAGAACUUUUUGGUAAAAACUCAACUCGUCGUGUUUGGAGGACAAAGAAUGCUGAGUUGCAUCCAAAGAACACCAUACCUACUGUGAAGCAUGGGGGUGGAAACAUCAUGCUUUGGGGCUGUUUUUCUGCAAAGGGACCAGGCCGACUGAUCCGUGUAAAGGAAAGAAUGAAUGGGGCCAUGUAUCGUGAGAUUUUUGAGUGAAAACCUCCUUCCAUCAGCAAGGGCAUUGAAGAUGAAACGUGGCUGGGUCUUUCAGCAUGACAAUGAUCCCAAACACACCGCCCGGGCAACGAAGGAGUGGCUUCGUAAGAAGCAUUUCCAGGUCCUGGAGUGGCCUAGCCAAUCUCCAGAUCUCAACCCCAUAGAAAAUCUUAGGAGGGAGUUGAAAGUCCGUGUUGCCCAGCGACAGCCCCAAAACAUCACUGCUCUAGAGGAGAUCUGCAUGGAGGAAUGGGCCAAAAUACCAGCAACAGUGUGUGAAAACCUUGUGAAGACUUACAGAAAACGUUUGACCUGUGUCAUUGCCAACAAAGGGUAUAUAACAAAGUAUUGAGAAACUUUUGUUAUUGAUCAAAUACUUAUUUUCCACCAUAAUUUGCAAAUAAAUUCAUUAAAUAUCCUACAAUGUGAUUUUCUGGAGAAAAAAAAUCUAAUUUUGUCUGUCAUAGUUGACGUGUACCUAUGAUGAAAAUUACAGGCCUCUCUCAUCUUUUUAAGUGGGAGAACUUGCACAAUUGGUGGCUGACUAAAUACUUUUUUCCCCCACUGUAUAUAUAUAUUUUAAAAACGUUAUUUAACUAGGCAAGUCAGUUAAGAACAAAUGCUUAUUUACAAUGACGGCCUACCCCAGCCAAACCCAGACGACGCUGGGCCAAUUGUGCGCUGCCCUAUGGGACUCCCAAUCAUGGCAAUUAAUUUAGUGAAUACUAUUGGUGUUUAUAGUGAGGGUUUCAGCAUGAAAUAGCCUUUGUAUUUUUUUGACACACUUUUAUUUAUUUUACUAUGUCAAUAUGUCUUUGUUGUAAAUGUUUUAACGCCAAACUGGUGGCAGUUGUGAUAAAAGACAAACGUUGGAAGAGUUGCAGAGUUGCCAUUGUUGAUUAGAUACUUUUUUCAUUAAUUAUUCUAUAUUAUCUUGAACCAUUAUGGUCUAUCCAUUAGAAACUCAUGGACAAUAUGGACACAGAUAUAAAAAAAAAUCAUGCUAAAUAUGAAAACAGUCGUGGUCAAAAGUUUGAGAAUGAUAGUAUUGGUCUUCACAAAGUUCGCUGCUUCAGUGUUAUGAGAUAUUUUUGUCAGAUAUUACUAUGGUAUACUGAAGUAUUAUAACAAGCAUUCCAUAAGUGUCAAAGGCUUUUAUUGACAAUUACAUUAAGUUUAUGCAAAGAGUCAAUAUUUGCAGUGCUGACCCUUCUUUUUCAAGACCUCUGCAAUCCGCCCUGGCAUGCUGUAAAUUAACUUCUGGGCCACAUCCUGACUGAUGGCAGCCCAUUCUUGCAUAAUCAAUGCUUGGAGUUUGUCAGAAUUUGCGGGGUUUUGUUUGUCCACCUGCCUCUUGAGUAUUGACCACAAGUUCUCAAUGGGAUUAAGGUCUGGGGAGUUUCCUGGCCAUGGACCCAAAAUGUCGAUGUUUUGUUCCCCGAACCACUUAGUUAUCACUUUUGCCUUAUGGAAAGGUGCUCCAUCAUGCUGGAAAAGGCAUUGGUCGUCACCAAACUGUUCUUGGAUGGUUGGGAGAAGUUGCUGUCGGAGGAUGUGUUGGUACCAUUCUUUAUUCAUGGCUGUGUUCUUCUGCAAAAUUGUGAGUGAGCCCACUCCCUUGGCUGAGAAGCAACCCCACACAUGAAUGGUCUCAGUAUGCUUUACUGUUGGCAUGACACAGGACUGAUGGUAGCGCUCACCUUGUAUUCUCCGGACAAGGUGUUUUCCGGAUGCCCCAAACAAUCGGAAAGGGGAUUCAUCAGAGAAAAUGACUUUACCCCAGUCCUCAGCAGUCCAAUCCCUGUAACUUUUGGAGAAUAUCAGUCUGUCCCUGAUGUUUUUCCUGGAGAGAAGUGGCUUCUUUGCUGCCAUUCUUGACACCAGGCCAUCCUCCAAAAUCUUCACCUCACUGUGCUUGCAGAUGCACUCACACCUGCCUGCUGCUAUUCCUGAGCAAGCUCUGCACUGGUGGUACCCCGAUCCCGCAGUUGAAUCAACUUUAGGAGACGGUCCUGGCACUUGCUGGAAUUUCUUGGGCGCCCUGAAGCCUUCUUCACAACAAUUGAACCUCUCUCCUUGAAGAUCCGGUCUUACUAACAGCAAUAUCCUUGCCUGUGAAGCACUUUUUGUGCAAAGCAAUGAUGACGGCACAUGUUUCCUUGCACGUAACCAUGGUUAACAGAGGAAGAACAAUGAUUUCAAGCACCACCCUCUAUUUAAAGCUUCCAGUCUGUUAUUCUAACUCAAUCAGCAUGACAGAGUGAUAUCCAGCCUUGUCCUAGUCAACACUCUCACCUGUGUUAACGAGAGAAUCACAUUUACAUCAUUUAGCUGACGCUCUUAUCCAGAGCAACUUACAGUUAGUGCAUACAUUAUUAUUUUCACGCUGGCCUCCCGUGGGAAACGAACUCACAACCCUGGCGUUGCAAACGCCAUGCUCUAUCAACUGAGCUACCUCCCUGCCUGCCAUUCCCUCCCCAACCCUGGGCCAAUUGUGCGCCGCCCCAUUGGUCUCCCGGUUGCGGCCGGCUACAGCAGAGCCUGGAUUCGAACCAGGAUCUCUAGUGGCACAGCUAGCACUGCGAUGCAGUGCCUUAGACCACUGCGCCACUCGGGAGACACUGACAUGAUGUCAGCUGGUCCUUUUGUGGCAGGGCUGAAAUGCAGUGGAAAUGAUUUUGGGGGAUUAAGUUCAUUUUCAUGGCAAAGAGGAACUUUGCAAUUAAUUGCAAUUCAUCUGAUCACUCUUCAUAACAUUCUGGAAUAUAUGCAAAUUGCCAUCAUAAAAACUGAGGCAGCAGACUUUGUGAAAAUUUAUAUUUGUGUCAUUCUCAACACUUUUGACCACGACUGUACAUUUACAAGUUAUUCAAAUAUAAAUUACCAAAGUUACCAUAGAUUACCUGUUCAUGACCAAAAUUCCAGCUUUACAACUCUACACACACCACAUAGCCCCAGAGCUUAUCUAGGCAAGGCAGGGUUUUGUGUCAAGUUUAAGUUACAACCCCACCUAGGACUAGUCUAAUAGCUACACCACUCCUGCUGUGAUCAGAACUCACUACAGGAGGAUAUACAAUAACCAAAUCCCAUCUCCUGUUCUUCCUGUUCUGCACGAGUCUGCCCACGGCUAACAGGAUUAGCUAGCUGUCACACACAGAAGGGUACAAGAACUUAAGUGGUAAUUGGAACCACGCGGCUAUACACGGCAGCCCAGUCAUAAUUAGCUGGGAGGAUGAGGUCAAACUGUUCUGUGAAAUCCAUGUUUCUGAUAGCCUAUCAUUUCUCAGGUGGGAAUUGGAGUAUUGGAACCGUCUAGCUUUCUGGAGUCCCGUUGCUGCCUGUGAGGUUAGGUUGCUAGGCUGCUGUGGGAAGUUGAGGUUCGUCAGUGAGUGACAGGGUUUAAUGAGAGUCAGUGAGGGUUAAUGGGGGUUUACCUCACUGGAUUCUGUAUUAGUGCCUGUCUAUUACACACAUGCAGGAAUGCACACAUACUGAACACAUGCGUCGCACACACACACACACACACACACACACACACACACACACACACACACACACACACACACACACACACACACACACACACACACACACACACACACAUACACAUUGCUCUUUGGAGUGUGCUUAAGACUGCUUAAGACUAGCAGUGUUCCAGGCCCAGUCUCUAGACCCGGAAGGGCUGUGUGAGCCAGUCAGAGAGACAGGGGUUGUUAGUCAGUGUCUCUCAGUUAGGUUUUCCUUACUGAGCUCAGUAUUAGAGCUGUGACUCCUCCAAUAGUAAAGGAGACAAGAAGGUAACUGUUACGAGUGGCGCAGUGGUCUAAGGCACUGCAUCGCAGUGCUAGCUGUGCCACUAGAGAUCCUGGUUCGAAUCCAGGCUCUGUCGUAGUCGGCCGCGACCGGGAGACCCAUGGGGCGGCGCACAAUUGGCCCAGGGUAGGGGAGGGAAUGGCCGGCAGGGAUGUAGCUCAGUUGGUAGAGCAUGGCAUUUGCAACGCCAGGGUUUUGAGUUCGAUUCCCACGGGGGGCCAGUAUGAAAAAUUAAAAAUAAUGUAUGCACUCACUAACUGUAAGUCGCUCUGGAUAAGAGCGUCUGCUAAAUGACUAAAAUGUAAAUGUUACGAUACUAUUGUACCAGAGCAUGUCCCCAUUUUUUUUCUCUCUCUCUCUCUCUUUCCCUCUCUCUCUUUCUUUCUCUUUCUCUCUCUCUUUCUCUCUCUUAAACAGGAACUGGAAUGAUGGUGCAGAACCAGGCGGGAUCCCCAUGGUCCAAUCACGCUCCUCUCCUGCUCACCGCCACACUCUCCAUCACUCUCAUUGGCUUACUGGACCUGUGAUCUACAACAAUCCCUGGACAUUAUGUUUCAUGGUCUAAGCCGAUUGGUCAAAUUCACCGAUCUGGAGUUUUGUUGGGGUGGG